GAACUACUCAUUCACGUAUCGUGUACCGUUCCUGGAAGGUCUGUGUUCACCGUGUGCUUACGCGGUCUUCACGUUUUAUUUUCGCCGUCACCUUAUCAACAUCAGAUAAGUGUUUGAUAAAAAAAAUUGUAAUUUUAUCUUUAAUUUUACGUUACGUAUUGCGUUUUUUUUAUACAGUGAAGUGUUUUUUUAAAUUUUACUCGUCGACAUAGUGUCAUCUCUACAAAAUGGUUAAUAAUUCGUCCAAUAGUAUGAUGCUGGACGAAGCAUUCUAUGACGAUCAAGCAAUGACAACCAAAAUAAAUGGAUCAAGUGAGGUGAACCUUUUAAAAAGGCCAAUGACUCUUGAUUUAAAUGCUUGUAAUUCUGAAAAUUCAGCCAAAAAACCAAAAUUUCUUGGCCCCUUGUUAACGUCUCCUGAUUUACAUAUGCUUAAGCUCAGUUCUCCUGAAUUAGAAAGGUUUUACUUGGCUCAACAGUCAGCUUUAGGACAUAUUAAUACUCCUACGCCAUCAUUGUUUCCAAAAUCUGUAACAGAAGAACAAGAAAUGUAUGUGCAACCUUUUGUAGAAGCACUCAAUAGCUUACAUAACAAUGAUUCCAAUAGUGCUAUUCAAGUAGAAAUACCAAUGACUAGUAGUGGCAGUAACUCAUCUGAAUAUCAAUCAGAACCACAAUACUCUGUGCUGAUGCCAUCUAAUGAUUUUUCAAAUAUAAUACCUCAACAUGUUAUUAAAGAAGAACCACAGACUGUACCUAGUGUUGCUUCUUCAUCGCCACCAAUGUCACCAAUCAACAUGGAAUCACAAGAAAAAAUUAAACUUGAAAGGAAACGACAAAGAAACAGAGUUGCUGCUUCCAAAUGUAGAAGAAGAAAACUGGAAAGAAUAGCCAAACUUGAAGACAAAGUUAAGGUGUUGAAAAACGAAAACAGUGAACUUACCACAGUGUUAAAUAGACUUCUAGAACAGAUUUGUCAAUUAAAACAGACUGUUGUUGAGCAUAUGCACAAUGGAUGCGAGUUUGCAAAUAAUUGCCUGUGACCUUUGAAAAAGAUCACCAUUGGCAUUACCAAUAAAACAUCCACAAUUUGGAUGUCACUUCCUGCCUGUCUGUGAGUUUUCCAUAUUUUCUAAGAUUUUUUAUUUACUGAUAAUUUGCUUCAAAAUACGCUCAAUGUUUCUAUAGCCUUUUAAAAUAUGAAUUUUAUUUCAUAUAACUUUUAAAUUGUAUUAUAUUGAUAAGCCUAUGGCUUUCUUGUUAAUUUAUGAAUUUAAAAACAAAUCAAAUUUAUAUUUAUUUUGUAUUUGUAAUUUAAUGCGUAAAAGUUAUUGUUAAUAAAAAUUUAUUAA